GUUAUUACGCAUGCGUACGGCAGAAGCCCGGCCAGUUCGAAUUUAAAUUUUGUAUCGAAAUUCUUUACACAUUACCUUCUGGCGUUUUAAAGCUCGCAUAGUCUUUUAGUACCUUUCUUGAGGUGUUAAGUACAUAGUAUAGGUAUGGAUCCAAUGGAAAACAGCUGGGAACUGAGCAAAGAGAACGUCCAGCCGCUGCGACAGGGACGUAAAAUCGCUAACCUAACGGCGGCCCUGCAGCCUGUCAAUGGACAGGAGGGCGGACUUACCCGCGUGCAGCAGGAAAAACAAGCCUUCGAGGCAGAACUGCGGAUGUACUCAGGGGAUGAUCCGUUCAGUGUCUGGGAUCGGUACAUCAAAUGGACGGAGCAGAACUUCCCCAAAGGCGGGAAGGAUGGAAGCCUGUCAACACUGCUGGAACGCUGCCUGCUCUUCUUCAAGGAUGACAAGAGAUACUCCAACGACCACAGAUACCUGCAGGCCUGGAUCAAGUUUGCCGGCAUGACCAACCAGCCAGUGGACAUCUACAACUUCCUGCAUGACCAGGCCAUCGGGGCGCAGGUGUCCCUGUUCUGGGAGGCCUGGGCCUGGGAGCUGGAGCAGGAGGGCGAUACCAAGAAGGCCGAUGCUGUCUACAUGGAGGGGAUUCAGAAACAAGCUCAGCCUGUCGAGCUGCUUGUUAGGAAACAAAAGGAGUUCCAGGCGAGAGUAGCCCGUGCCACCCUGGAAGGUGGAGUGCCCCAGCAGUCAGCUGGCAUGUCAGGUACGGAGGCACAGCGGGUGACUCUGGGAGGACUGAGGGGCCAAGGCAAGAAACACCAGGCUCCUGUCAGCAGGACAGGUGCCUCAACUAAAGUGUAUUCUACAGGACUGGGCGUGAAGCCCUGUGCACCGCCACAAGUAGGGCAGGCCUUCUCUGUCUUCAGCGAGGACAAUCCACAAGACCAGGUCAUCCCCGCCCCCACAGGAGAGUGGACUAACCCUCCACUACCCCGUGUGACCUCCAGAGAAAACACACACAAGCCUGGGAAGUGGACAGAAGCCAAGAUUGAGGGAUGA